UCAAAUUCAUUUGAUUGCGGCUGCCAGAGACCGAGACACGGAUAAAAAUAUCCGAAUUCGGGGAAAGUACAGUGACAAAUUAGGGCAAAUUCCAUUUUUCCCAUUUUCCAGUUCGCUUCUUCAAUUCAAGUUUGUAGAACAAGGAUAAAGAGAGAUUUUGAUCGAAGUUAAUUUUCAGGCUUCAGCUUCGAUUACAAUGGAUGCAGAGACUCCAAGUUCACAACGCCGGCAUGUUACCAUUAAACUAUGGCCUCCUAGCCAAAACACACGACAGAUGCUAGUGGAGCGGAUGACUAAAAAUCUUUCUACUCCAACUAUUUUCACCCGAAAGUAUGGAAGUCUAAGUGAGAAUGAAGCUUCAGAAUUUGCUAAACAAGUUGAAGAAUCAGCUUUUGCUGAUGCAAAUCAACAUUAUGAGCUAGAACCUGAUGGAGAUGGCAGUUCUGCCGUGCAAUUGUAUGCCAGGGAGUGCAGUAAGCUCAUUUUAGAAGUUCUUAAAAAGGGUCCCGGUGUGGGAGAGAAAGGGAUUGUAAAGUCUGAGGUUGUUUCCGCUGUCAAUGAAACAUUUUUCGAUAUUUCCAAAGGUCAACGUGCAUUUAUAGAAGCAGAUGAGGCAAAAGCACUUCUGAUGCCAUUAAAAGAACCUGGAAAUUCCUAUACUGAACUGUGUUUUAGCAAUAGAAGCUUUGGUCUAGGAGCUGCUCAUGUUGCUGGGCCUAUCUUGGCAUCCAUUAAGAACCAGUUGAAGAAAGUUGAUCUGUCAGAUUUUGUUGCGGGAAGACCAGAGGCUGAAGCUCUUGAUGUCAUGAAUAUAUUCUCUGUAGCUCUGGAAGGCUCUCAUUUGACGUGUCUGAACCUGUCGGACAAUGCCUUGGGUGAGAAGGGAGUUAGGGCAUUCGGGAAGCUCUUGCAGUCUCAAACUAUCUUGGAGGAACUAUAUCUAAUGAACGAUGGGAUUUCAGAGGAAGCUGCACGAGCUGUCUGUGAGUUGGUUCCUUCCACAGAGAAGCUUAGGGUUCUUCAAUUUCAUAAUAAUAUGACUGGAGAUGAAGGGGCUGUUGCUAUUUCUGAGAUUCUGAGGCGUUGCCCCUUGUUGGAGGAUUUUCGGUGCUCAUCUACACGAGUAGGCUCUAAAGGAGGAGUUGCUCUGUCUGAAGCACUUGGGGGGUGUAAGAAUCUGAAGAAACUUGAUCUACGGGACAACAUGUUUGGCGUAGAGGUUGGCGUCAAGUUGAGCGAGGCUCUUUCCAAACACGAAUAUCUUACCGAGGUUUAUUUAAGCUACCUUAAUCUGGAAGAUGAAGGAGCAAUUACAAUAGCCAAUUCUCUCAAGGAGGCAGCCCCUUUGCUUGGAGUAUUGGAGAUGGCUGGAAAUGAUAUUACAGCUGAAGCAGCUCCCAGUUUAGCUGCUUGCAUUGCUGCAAAAAAGGCCCUUGUGAAGUUGAACCUCUCUGAGAAUGAAAUUAAGGACGAGGGUUCCAUUCAGAUCAGCAAGGCUCUUGAAGGCCAUGAUCAAGUGAAGGAAAUUGAUAUGAGCACGAAUUCAUUAAGAAGGGCUGGGGCCAGAUCUUUAGCUCAGACUUUGGUGCAUAAGCCUGACUUCAAGUUGCUUAAUGUUAAUGGGAACUUCAUUUCUGAUGAAGGUAUCGAUGAGUUGAAGGAUAUCUUCAAAGAAUAUCCGGAAAAGCUUGGACCCUUGGAUGAAAAUGAUCCUGAAGGAGGAGAUGAUGAUGACAGAGAGUUAGGGGAUGAUGGUGAAGGCAGUGAAAAUGAAUUGGAAUCCAAACUCAAAAAUCUUGAUGUCAAUCAAGAGGAAUAGAGGCUUCUCUCAGGCUUUUUAUGCAGAGUUUCCGCCUUAGACCAAAAAUUUACCUAACCGUAUGUGGUUUGUUAUUUUUGAUCUGUUUCUCUAGUGUCUCUUGUAAAACUUGACCAGGCCUAUUGCACUGCCUCGUAGAAGCUAAUUAUUAUUCCAUCAAGAGUUUGUUCGAUGGAAUAGUUCUAUGUUUAAUAUUAAACUCAGCAUGUAUUAGUGCAGACCAGCAGUUAUUCUGUGGGAUCUAUGUAAUGUCUUCUUUCUGCGGUUUAAAGCAUGUUUACUUUCC